AUGGUGCAUUUCUAUCUAGCGUUUGCAGGGGCUCAUGUACAGGUCUCAAACGGAAAACUUUUCGACCAGGGUAUCAAGAAACAAGUUCCUCCUACAGUAGUAGCACGGUGCGACCCGAUCCAUGUGGCACAAGUGCGCUAA